GCUGAUUUGAACACCGAUAUUGAAGAUGAAUCCAGAUCUUUCUAUGGCGUUUCCAGCCAAUAUGAGAGCCCAGAAAACAUGGUCAUUACCUGUUCCACCAAAGUGUGUUCCUUUGGGAAGCAGGUGGUGGAGAAAGUGGAGACAGAGUAUGCACGCUAUGAAAAUGGACACUAUUCCUAUCGCAUUCACCGUUCCCCUCUCUGCGAAUACAUGAUAAACUUCAUUCACAAACUCAAGCACCUUCCUGAGAAGUAUAUGAUGAACAGUGUGCUGGAGAACUUUACUAUCUUGCAGGUUGUGACAAACAGGGACACACAGGAGACCUUGCUGUGCAUAGCAUAUGUUUUUGAGGUGUCAACUAGUGACCAUGGCGCCCAGCAUCACAUCUACCGGCUGGUGAAGGACUAGAGACUCUCUGCCCUGAGUCGUCCGUGCGAUGCAUGUCUGAGAAAAAAGCCCAUGCUUGAACAACCCCUGUCCCCUCAUACCAAAUGGAAAAAUAAACUGCAGAUAUUGUGUAUUUUCAGAAAAG